GUGCGGUGCCGCGCGCGCUGCCGGGAGGGGCGGGUGCGCAGGCGCGGUGCGGGCGGGCAGCCGGUGAUGGCGGCCGUGGCGGAGUUGGGGGGUGCGGGCCCAUGAGGCGGCCCAGGCCCCGCGCACCCAGCAGAGCCAGGAAGGGGGCGGCGGCGCCGCGGCUCGCACCCGCGCCAUGGCGGGAGUGUUCGACAUCGACUUGGACCAGCCGGAGGACGCGGGUUCGGAUGAGGAGCUGGAGGAAGGGGGUCAAUUAAGUGAGAGCAUGGACCAUGGCGGCGUUGGCCAAUAUGACCUUGGCAUGGAACAUUGUGAAAAAUUUGAGAUUUCAGAAACUAGUGUAAACAGAGGUCCAGAAAAGAUCCGACCGGAGUGCUUUGAGUUGCUACGUGUGCUUGGCAAAGGUGGCUAUGGAAAGGUAUUUCAAGUACGAAAAGUAACUGGAGCAAAUACAGGGAAAAUAUUUGCCAUGAAAGUUCUUAAAAAGGCAAUGAUUGUAAGGAAUGCCAAGGAUACAGCUCAUACAAAAGCAGAGAGGAAUAUACUGGAGGAAGUGAAACAUCCCUUCAUCGUAGACUUAAUUUAUGCCUUUCAGACUGGUGGAAAACUCUACCUCAUCCUUGAGUAUCUCAGUGGAGGAGAACUAUUUAUGCAGUUAGAGAGAGAAGGGAUAUUUAUGGAAGACACAGCUUGCUUUUACUUGGCAGAAAUCUCCAUGGCGCUGGGGCACUUGCAUCAAAAAGGAAUCAUCUAUCGUGAUCUGAAGCCAGAAAAUAUCAUGCUUAAUCAUCAAGGUCACGUAAAAUUGACUGACUUUGGAUUAUGUAAAGAAUCUAUUCACGAUGGAACAGUCACACACACAUUCUGUGGAACAAUUGAAUACAUGGCCCCUGAAAUCCUGAUGAGGAGUGGGCAUAAUCGUGCAGUGGACUGGUGGAGUUUGGGGGCAUUAAUGUAUGACAUGCUGACUGGAGCACCUCCUUUCACUGGGGAGAACAGAAAGAAAACAAUUGACAAGAUUCUCAAGUGUAAACUCAACUUGCCUCCCUACCUCACACAAGAAGCCAGAGAUCUGCUUAAAAAGCUGCUAAAAAGAAACGCUGCCUCACGUCUAGGAGCUGGUCCUGGAGAUGCUGGAGAAGUUCAGGCUCACCCGUUCUUCAGACACAUUAACUGGGAUGAGCUGUUGGCAAGAAAGGUGGAACCUCCUUUUAAGCCCUUAUUGCAAUCUGAAGAGGAUGUGAGCCAGUUUGAUUCAAAGUUUACACGUCAGACACCUGUUGAUAGCCCAGAUGACUCUACUCUCAGUGAAAGUGCCAACCAGGUCUUUCUGGGUUUUACCUAUGUGGCUCCAUCUGUACUUGAAAGCGUUAAAGAGAAAUUUUCUUUUGAACCAAAAAUUCGCUCACCUCGCAGAUUCAUAGGUAGCCCUAGGACACCAGUCAGCCCUGUAAAGUUUUCCCCUGGGGAAUUCUGGGGAAGAGGUGCUUCUGCCAGCGCAUCAAAUACUCAGACACCUGUGGAAUACCCAAUGGAGACAAGUGGAAUAGAACAAAUGGAUGUGACAGUCUGUGGAGAGGCUUCAGCACCACUUCCAAUCCGGCAACCAAACUCUGGGCCAUAUAAAAAACAAGCUUUUCCCAUGAUUUCCAAACGACCAGAGCACUUGCGCAUGAAUCUAUGACAACACAAUUUUUUUUUUUUUUUUUUUUUUAAGCCUUUGAAGGUGGAAAACAAAGAAUGGACAUAAGCCCCCCUCAAAGUUGAAAUACUGGGGGUUUGUAUGGUUUACUUUUAAAAAGUGACAGUAUCAAAGAGUCAGUCAUUGCACAGAGUGACUUGGAAAGCAAAGAAAAACGGAUUUUUUUUUUUUUUCCUGUCAAUCAAUGGUGCAUAAAAAAAACAAACAAACUUUAGCAAAUGGUAUUGCAGAACUCUAGGCACAUCAUCUAACGAUUUGCAGUGACAUCUUCUCACCUUAUCAAGGAUUUUUCAGCUUGAUAGCUCGAAACUGACAGUAUUAAGGGUCAGGAUGUUGCUUCAGAAUCACUGGUCUAGUCGUGAAUGUGUCAAGGAGGGUUAGCCCUUUCACUAGGCAAAGAAUGAAAUGCCUGUGUGCUUGCAUCUGAGGGAUCAUUAGCAUGCAAGCUUGGUUAAGCUGUUUCCUACAGUGGGGUGGGAUCAAAGAUGAAAGAUAAAAUUAAUUGGUGUUUCACAUUCAAAACAUAAUGAGGUUUUUUUUAUAUAUAAAAUAUAUAUUUUUCAAAUAAUAGAUUUUUUGAUUCAGCUCAUGAUGGAAAGCAUCCCAAAAUUGAGAAUGCAAACUUUAAUUGGUUGCUGCGAAGAAAGCAAAGGCUCUAGUUCUGAUUCUUCUUCUUCUUUAUACAACAAAUCAAUAAGUGAAUUGCUUAAUUACCAGCUUGGCAAUGUGGGGUGGGAGAGAACUGUUUCACUUGCUUACCCAGCUGAAAUACCUGUUCCUGCAAAUCCAAAUGGAUCUAAUCAAAUGGCAGUGCUGCUAUGUUCUAGGCUUAACUGGAAGCCAUGGGCUCACACACACGUCCUGCUUAUUUCAUCCUUGUCCUCAGCAGACAUUUCACUGGGAAACAUCACUUUUGUAUCUGCUAGUCCUUAGCUGGAGACAGCUGAAUGCCUUCUGAUUCUUACCCACAGAAAAGAUAAGGAAAAAGUGCAUCAGAAUACAAGGUCAGUAGAAACACAUAGGAAGCACCAGAGGAAACACAUACAGAGUAUAAGGAAAUAAACCUUUUUGGAACCAGUGGGUAAGAAUUGGAGGAUUUUUAUUUUUUUAAAAAGAAAAGGUUCCUGAUGGGGGUUGUUCCCUGCCAUGAUACAUUUCUAAAUUUUAUCAACAUUUUUUUCUAUGCUGGGGCAAUAAAUUUUGCUGAUUGUAGGAGAAAAGUGUUAAAUGGCCUUUCAGUGAAUGUCUUCCACAGUGGGUCAGAACUUCAGCGACUUUAAUUUAGGAAACAUGUUCUAAGGACACUAUUUAUGUUUUUGAAAUUGUCACAAUCUGUACAAAUGAAUUACAGGUACAAAGAAUAAAAUAAAGGUAACUCUACCUUACUUAAAUA